AUGGGGAUCAUGAAGCGACUCACGAAGAGUGUGCCCGGCAUGCUCUCCCCCUCGCCGCUAGAUGGCAGUCUUACCAAUGAAAAGGGGACGAUAAUAUCGAGAUUCGCUUUUUUUAAACGCCGCAUACGACUACGGAGGAACUCUUCUAUUUCGAUCCCUCUGGGCCUUGUUUUACUAUUUCCAUGCAUUGUAAUAAUCCUUAUUGUCCUCCUCUUCGUUACUCACCCUUCUUCUCCCGGUGGGAUGCUGAUGCCCACCGGCACUCCCCCUUCGAUACGAAAAAUCAGCGAAAAAUAUGACAAGGUGUUUGAAGUCGGCUGCCGAGAAAUCGACACCAGCCAGCCCAGAGCAAACGCCGCCUUCGUCGUCCUGGCCAGAAAUAAGGAACUGGAUGGUGUGAUCCAGUCCAUGAAGUCGAUUGAGCGCCACUUCAACCGGUACUACAACUACCCGUAUGUCUUCCUGAACGACGGAGACUUCGACGAUAACUUCAAGGACACCGUCACCAACUACACCAAGUCCGGCGUGGAGUUUGGCAAGAUCGACUCCUCAAUGUGGGGAUAUCCUGACUGGACCGACGCCGAGGUAGCCAAAGAGGGUAUUCGCAAACAGGGAGACGCCGCCAUCAUGUACGGAGGAAUGGAGAGCUAUCACCAUAUGUGUCGAUUCUACUCUGGGUUCUUCUACAAACAUGAACUGCUCCAGAAGUACGAGUGGUACUGGCGUCUGGAGCCGGAGAUCAAGUACUUCUGCGAUAUCACCUAUGACCCCUUCUUGGAGAUGGCAAAGAACAACAAGACGUAUGGCUUCACAAUCGCGGUCAAAGAACUGAAAGAGACUGUCCCGAAUAUCUUCCGCUACGCAUCUGCAUACAAGCGAACGAACAACAUCACCUCCCAGGGCCUAUGGGAAAUGUUCCUCGAGGAACCUGUCGAGGAGGAGAAACCGGCAGAAGAGGCCAAUGCCCUCCCAGACGAAAUUUUGCAGACUCAGCCUGGUGCCGCUGGACUCAAGGAUGUCGAUCCUGAGGCGAUGGAAGGCGAGACGUACAACAUGUGCCAUUUCUGGAGUAACUUUGAAAUCGCGCGGUUGGACUUCUUCCGCAGCAAGGCUUACGAAGACUUCUUCCAGAUGAUGGACCGGAGCGGUGGUUUCUGGAAUGAAAGAUGGGGAGACGCACCUAUUCACUCUCUUGCUGCUGGCGCACUUCUAUCUCCUGCCGACAUCCACUACUUCAGAGAUUUUGGAUAUCGUCACACCACCAUCCAGCACUGCCCUGCCAACGCCCCGGCCAGACAACGCGUUCGGGACCCAUACCUUGAACAGACCACUCUGGAUCCCAAGCUCCGGCAAGAAGAGGACGAAUACUGGGACUCUCCUGACCCACCGAAGGAGAACGGCGUUGGCUGUCGGUGCCGCUGUGAUACCGACAUCGUCGACGUCGAAGGCAAGCAUGGCAGUUGUCUAGCGGAUUGGGUUAAAGUCGCCGGAGGAUGGGCGUCGCCGUAG